UUCGGCAAACGAGAUGACCUUCACCUUUGACCUUAAAAUGUCAACAACAAGAUGGCAUCAAUGUUGCACCAGAAUUUUGUGAAAUAUACAUAUUUACUGCCUGAAAAUAUCAAUAAUCUGAUAUGGAAUCUGGGGAUGAAUACUCAUAGUACAACUUACAAAACCAUAUGGAGAAAAUGAACAGGUUCCAAGAUCAGGCCUGUUCCCUGGAGAUGCCAUCACGAAGAAUAGUAUGGCCUCAAUGCACGCAGGGAAGGACAUUUUCUCCUGGUGUAUUGGGCCCCAAUAAAGUGAACAAUCGCUUCAUGACCUGGGAUGAAAUCAUUAAAAAGUCUUCCACAGUCACAACAGUUACUUACAAAACAUUUCUUCCACCAGAACUCAAAGACACCAGAAUCAUUGGUCAGCCUGUUUGCAUUGGUUGCCAUGGAAACAUCUUUAUUUUCCAGUAUUUCUAUUUACUUACCAAUCAAAAGAAGACAAUCAAAUCCUUCCGAUUGAACUUUUUAUUCAUAGAUGCUGAUAAGGAAGUUUCGCAUUGUUUUACUGAUCAUCAGUAUCUCCAGCCGUCAACUUUGAAAAACGAGCCAUUGUAUUGUUUAAUCAGUCCAGGUCUCCAUUUUGUGCUGUUCCGUUUACCCUAUAAUGUCUUGAAGGCAAAUAAAUGGGCAUCUGUGCAGAUUUCUCAAAUACAUAAAGAUGGCGACACUUACACAAUAGAUGACAUGGUCAAUGCGCACAUUUCAUAUCGGGACAGACGUACACAAGAAGUGAUUUUCCAUCCUAAGUAUGAAAACCGUGUGGUCAUUAUUACACCUGAUUAUUAUGCAACAUCGGCAAACAUUCAAAUAUUUGAACAUGAAAUAUAUGAAGGAGUCCUCAAGAAAAACCCACUGAAUGCUAUAGAGGAGCACUCUAUUCGUUUAAUUGAUGAUAGAAACCUCGGAAUUUUAGAAUGCGCAUCACAGCUUAUGGAAGCACAACCAGAUGUAAUUCAAAGGGAAAAUAGAACUCAAAGACUCACAUCUACAUUUUCAAAAUCAGGAAAUUUUCUGAUUGUGUCAAUGCAGGUUCUUUUAACAGAACGAACAUACCACCAUGAGAAAACUCUCCGGCAACUACACACUUUUUUCAUUGAUUCUGAAAAUUACACCCUUGCAAAAUGGCAUAAAAUAAACCUUGAGAGCCCUCUAUCACCACAAAAUGGUUUCAUCUGUACGCAGAAUGAUUCAAAUCUUGAAAUAUACCUGACGGACUCGAGCUCUUCACAGAUACGAUCAACAUUGUCCGUGAAACUUCCUGUACGAAUCUCUCUUAUGGAAUCAUGUAGGGCUAGUAUAUUAAAACAAGUUCAUCCCACUGACGUGCCAAACCUCAACUUGCCAACAAAACUUGUGCGUUAUUUGCAGUUUGAUGAUGGAUUGUGCUCCCAUUGUCAGGACCAGGCAAAAAGUCACCGUUUAAUCACAUUUUCAGAGUUGAUAAAAAGUCAAAGUGAAGCAUAAUGUGUGGAUUGUGAUAUU